GUUUUGCAUUUCCCUCCCUCGCCCCUCCCAGCCUAUGACAUACUUUCUCUGCUUUUUUCUCUCCUGCCUUCUCUGGCCUUCGGACUCCUGCCCGCUCCACCCGCAGCUCCCUCCCGCCCUGUAGCCCCUGGGCGGGCGGCGCCCCUCGGCGGACGGGUCUGGGCCCGCGGGGACGGAGGGCCAGGUCGACUGGAGGAAGCCAGAGGCCUGCAUGGAGGAGACGCCCCGCGCAGCUGGCAGAGCAUGAGCGCCCCAGGUUCCAGGCAUUGCAAGUCCAGAUGCAACAGGAGCCUGGCUCGAGGGAAGACAAGAUCCGGCUGGAAGGCGUAAAAGUCACAUCCCAAUGACGGGAUAGCGGCCCCUGUUGUGAGCACUCCUCCAUGCCGGGAGGAGGGCCAGAGAUGGAUGACUACAUGGAGACGCUGAAGGAUGAGGAGGACGCCUUGUGGGAGAAUGUGGAGUGUAACCGGCACAUGCUCAGCCGCUACAUCAACCCCGCCAAGCUCACGCCCUACCUGCGUCAGUGUAAGGUCAUUGAUGAGCAGGAUGAAGAUGAAGUGCUUAAUGCUCCCAUGCUGCCAUCCAAGAUCAACCGGGCAGGCCGGUUAUUGGACAUUCUGCAUACCAAGGGGCAAAGGGGCUAUGUGGUCUUCUUGGAGAGCCUGGAAUUUUAUUACCCAGAGCUGUACAAACUGGUGACUGGGAAAGAGCCCACCCGGAGAUUCUCCACCAUUGUGGUGGAGGAGGGCCACGAGGGCCUCACGCACUUCCUGAUGAACGAGGUCAUCAAGCUGCAGCAGCAGAUGAAGGCCAAGGACCUGCAGCGAUGCGAGCUGCUGGCCAGGUUGCGGCAGCUGGAGGAUGAAAAGAAGCAGAUGACGCUGACGCGCAUGGAGCUGCUGACCUUCCAGGAGCGCUACUACAAGAUGAAGGAAGAGCGGGACAGCUACAAUGAUGAGCUGGUCAAGGUGAAAGACGACAAUUACAACUUAGCCAUGCGUUACGCACAGCUCAGUGAGGAGAAGAACAUGGCGGUCAUGAGGAGCCGAGACCUCCAACUCGAGAUCGAUCAGCUGAAGCACCGGUUGAAUAAAAUGGAGGAGGAAUGUAAGCUGGAGAGAAAUCAGUCUCUGAAACUGAAGAAUGACAUUGAAAAUAGGCCCAAGAAGGAGCAGGUUCUGGAGCUGGAGCGGGAGAAUGAGAUGCUGAAAACCAAAAACCAGGAGCUGCAGUCCAUCAUCCAGGCCGGGAAGCGCAGCUUGCCGGACUCAGACAAGGCCAUCCUGGACAUCCUGGAACACGACCGCAAGGAGGCCCUCGAGGACCGGCAGGAGCUAGUCAACAAGAUCUAUAAUUUACAGGAGGAGGCCCGCCAGGCGGAAGAGCUGCGGGACAAGUACCUGGAGGAGAAGGAGGACCUCGAGCUCAAGUGCUCGACCCUGGGGAAGGACUGUGAAAUGUACAAGCACCGCAUGAACACGGUCAUGCUGCAGCUGGAGGAGGUGGAGCGGGAGCGGGACCAGGCUUUCCACUCCCGAGACGAAGCCCAGACACAGUACUCGCAGUGCUUAAUCGAAAAAGACAAGUACAGGAAGCAGAUCCGCGAGCUGGAGGAGAAGAACGACGAGAUGAGGAUCGAGAUGGUGCGGCGGGAGGCCUGCAUCGUCAACCUGGAGAGCAAGCUCCGGCGCCUCUCCAAGGACAGCAGCAACCUGGACCAGAGUCUGCCCAGGAACCUGCCAGUAACCAUCAUCUCUCAGAACUUUGGGGAUGCCAGCCCCAGGACCAAUGGUCAAGAAGCUGACGAUUCUUCCACCUCGGAGGAGUCACCCGAAGACAGCAAGUACUUCCUGCCCUACCACCCGCCCCAGCGCAGGAUGAACCUGAAGGGCAUCCAGCUGCAGAGAGCCAAAUCCCCCAUCAGCCUGAAGCGAGCAUCAGAUUUUCAAGCCAAAGGACAUGAGGAAGAAGGCACGGACGCCAGCCCCAGCUCCUGCGGCUCUCUGCCUAUCACCAACUCCUUCACCAAGAUGCAGCCCCCCCGGAGCCGCAGCAGCAUCAUGUCAAUCACCGCUGAGCCCCCGGGAAACGACUCCAUCGUCAGACGCUAUAAGGAGGAUGCGCCCCAUCGCAGCACAGUCGAAGAAGACAAUGACAGUGGCGGGUUUGACGCCUUAGACCUGGACGAUGACAGUCACGAACGCUACUCCUUCGGACCCCCCUCCGUUCACUCUUCCUCCUCCUCCCACCAGUCUGAGGGCCUGGAUGCCUACGACCUGGAGCAGGUCAACCUCAUGUUCAGGAAGUUCUCUCUGGAAAGACCCUUCCGGCCUUCCGUCACCUCCGUGGGGCACGUGCGGGGCCCAGGGCCCUCGGUGCAGCACACGACGCUGAACGGCGACAGCCUCAUCUCCCAGCUCACCCUGGUGGGGGGCAAUGCGCGAGGGAGCUUCGUGCACUCGGUCAAGCCUGGCUCCCUGGCCGAGAAAGCCGGCCUCCGAGAGGGCCACCAGCUGCUGCUGCUAGAAGGCUGCAUCCGAGGCGAGAGGCAGAGUGUCCCCUUGGACACAUGCACCAAAGAGGAAGCCCGCUGGACCAUCCAGAGGUGCAGCGGCCCCAUCACGCUGCACUACAAGGUCAACCACGAAGGGUACCGGAAGCUCCUGAAGGACAUGGAGGAUGGCCUUAUCACGUCGGGGGACUCGUUCUACAUCCGGCUGAACCUGAACAUCUCGAGCCAGCUGGACGCCUGCACCAUGUCUCUGAAGUGUGACGACGUUGUGCACGUCCGUGACACCAUGUACCAGGACAGGCACGAGUGGCUGUGUGCACGGGUCGACCCCUUCACAGACCAUGACCUGGACAUGGGUACCAUACCCAGCUACAGCCGAGCCCAGCAGCUUCUCCUGGUCAAACUGCAGCGCCUGAUGCACCGGGGCAGCCGAGAGGAGGUGGACGGCACCCACCACACCCUGCGGGCACUCCGGAACACCCUGCAGCCGGAAGAGGCACUUUCAACCAGCGACCCCCGGGUCAGUCCCCGUCUCUCUCGAGCAAGCUUCCUUUUUGGCCAGCUCCUUCAGUUUGUCAGCAGGUCCGAGAACAAGUACAAGCGGAUGAACAGCAAUGAGCGGGUCCGCAUCAUCUCAGGGAGCCCGCUGGGGAGUCUGGCACGGUCCUCACUGGACGCUACCAAGCUCUUGACUGAGAAGCAGGAAGAGCUGGACCCUGAGAGCGAGCUGGGCAAGAACCUCAGCCUCAUCCCCUACAGCCUGGUGCGUGCCUUCUACUGUGAGCGCCGCCGGCCCGUGCUCUUCACGCCCACCUCACUGGCCAAGACGCUGGUGCAGAGGCUGCUCAACUCGGGGGGCGCCAUGGAGUUCACCAUCUGCAAGUCAGAUAUCGUCACAAGAGAUGAGUUCCUCAGAAAGCAGAAGACAGAGACCAUCAUCCACUCCCGAGAGAAGAACCCCAACACAUUUGAAUGCAUUUCCCCUGCCAACAUCGAAGCUGUGGCUGCCAAGAACAAGCACUGCCUGCUGGAGGCCGGGAUCAGCUGUGCGAGAGCCUUGAUCAAGGCCAACAUCUACCCCAUCGUGCUUUUCAUCCGGGUGUGUGAGAAGAACAUCAAGAGGUUCAGCUGCUGCCCCGGCCUGAGACGGAGGAGGAGUUCCUGCGCGUGUGCCGGCUGAAGGAGAAGGAGCUGGAGGCCCUGCCGUGCCUGUACGCCACGGUGGAACCUGACAUGUGGGGCAGCGUGGAGGAGCUGCUCCGCGUGGUCAAGGACAAGAUCGGCGAGGAGCAGCGCAAGACCAUCUGGGUGGACGAGGACCAGCUGUGAGGCGGGCACCCCUGACAGAGACACUAUGGGCGUGGGUCAUCCUGUGAGGCGGGCACCCUGGGCAGAGAGAUGUGGCGGGUGCAGGGGCAUCCUGCAGCCCACAGAGCUGCCCAGGCGGAUGCUCUGCCCCUCUCAGUGGUAGAGCCUGGGGGGACAGACGUGCCCGGGGAGGAGCAAGGCACAGUCCAUUCCCCCAGCUCCGGCUGACCUGGCCCAGUGGUUUGGCCCUGCCGGCCUUCGCAGGGAGACAGGGCUGAGCAAAGGACACCAAGCCAGAGCCCUGAGGCCAGCCGGCCUCUGGAGAACCAGAGCAGCAGUUGAAUGUAAUGUGUGGGACAGGUGUGCUGCCACCAGUAGAGCAGGGACCCUGAUAGCCAGGCGUCCACCAGUCCUGGGGACACACUCACCCUAAACACACUCCCAGGCAGGACAGAUCAGGGAAGAGGGUGUACCAGGCUAUGAUUUCUCUUGCAUUAAAACGUAGUAUUAUUUCUUUGUUUCAACCCUUUUUCUUUGUUAACAGCUUGCAAGGGUUUCAGCUCUUGCCACCUUCCUAACCUGAAAACCACGCCCAGCAUGCUUAGCUGGGGACUCAGGCCCCAUGUUCCUGUGUAGGGUGAAGGUAGGGUAACCACACACCACAGGGUCCCAGGACAGGCCUGAUUUAUCCCUGGGAUUAGGGUGACACUUGCUAAUCGUACCCCAUGGACUCAAAUGCAUCCUGAUUUGGAAGAUCAAUAAACUAUCUUCUCAUCUU